GACGCUGUCUGCGCCUGGGAGGAGCAGUCACCGACGCCCGGUCUUUAUUUGUUGCUGAGGGGGCCCUGGGCCUUGCUUCUCGGUGUGUGGCUCUUCUUUGCGUGACAUUUUGGGACUCCUGCUUACCUUUCUUACGCUUACUCUUUUGACAUCCCCCUUUUUGCCCCCGCUUCUCCCGCGUCCCGUCCCCACGGGGUGUGUGUGGGGGGAGUGGGGUUGCAAAACCGCCGGAGCCAUGGAGGACGAGAUCAUCCGUAUAGCCAAGAAGAUGGAUAAGAUGGUGCAGAAGAAGAACGCGGCUGGGGCACUGGAUUUACUAAAGGAACUUAAAAAUAUUCCCAUGACUCUGGAAUUAUUGCAGUCCACAAGAAUUGGAAUGUCAGUAAAUGCUAUACGCAAGCAGAGCACAGAUGAAGAAGUUACAUCAUUAGCAAAGUCUCUCAUCAAAUCCUGGAAGAAGUUGCUAGAUGGACCCUCUACUGAUAAAGACUCUGAUGAAAAAAAAAAAGAAUCUGCUAUCUCUUCCCAAAACAGCCCUGAAGCAAAAGAAGAAAGUAGCUCCAGUAGCAAUGCAAGCAACAGAAAGGAAGAGACAAAUGCUUCUGAUUCCUUCAUUCCAUCUUUUCCCCGGGCACCAAGCACUUCAGAUUCGGUUCGAAUGAAGUGCCGAGAGAUGCUUGCUGCAGCCCUCAGAACAGGAGAUGACUACAUUGCUAUUGGGGCCGAUGAAGAAGAACUGGGAUCUCAGAUUGAGGAAGCUAUAUAUCAGGAGUUACGGAACACGGAUAUGAAGUAUAAAAAUAGGGUACGAAGUAGAAUAGCAAAUCUCAAGGAUGCAAAGAAUCCAAAUUUAAGGAAAAAUGUACUGUGUGGGAACAUACCUCCAGAUUUGUUUGCUAGAAUGACGGCAGAGGAAAUGGCUAGUGAUGAACUUAAAGAGAUGCGUAAAAACCUGACCAAAGAAGCAAUUAGAGAACAUCAAAUGGCUAAGACAGGUGGGACCCAAACUGACCUAUUUACAUGUGGCAAAUGUAAAAAGAAGAAUUGUACCUAUACCCAGGUUCAAACCCGAAGUGCUGAUGAACCUAUGACAACAUUUGUUGUUUGUAAUGAAUGUGGAAAUAGAUGGAAGUUUUGUUAGAAGAAGAAAUUGGGAAGAUACCUGGACACUUAACAAAAGAUUUUGUAAUUAGCUUUAAAAACUAGGUCAAGAAUCUAGUUUCCCUGCAAAUGAGAUUUUUUAAAGCAGCAUAAAUCCUUUGGGUUAGUUUUUUUGUCUUUGUUUUUUUUUCCCUUACAAUCAUUCUUAUAGUUAGUGUAAGAUCAGAUAGUCAGUUGUAUGGUGUAUGUUUAAAACUAUUUUUUCAUUUUUAUAAGUAAGUCAACAUUAAACUUUUAUCAAUUUAAACUUUUGGUAACUUGUUUGUUUUUCGUAACAAAUGGAAAAUGUACUUUAACUUUUUUACAAUCUGAGACAUACACAAAAGAUUUUUUACUUCUCUUCUCUGUUAAUGUGAAAGUGGAAUUUGCAUUUGUUUCUGUAUUGGCAUGUUCCUACUUUAUUAAGGGAGAAGAAAGAUUAGUAUAAUUUUAGGAUUACCAAAUGUAGUGUGGUAAUGAAAUAAUAUUUGGACAGCUUAUCUAGUUUGUAAAUACCAUUUUUGAAUUAGUAUCUCCCUUUGAUCAUAAUGAUUGUUAAUAAGACUUAGUGAUUAGAUAUCAUUUUGCAUCUGUGACUAGCUGUGACCAAUUGGAUUUGUUGUACUUCUUAACUCUAAAUUACUUGCUCUUAAUAGAUCUUAACUUUUGGGAAAUUUGCUUUAAAUAAGUAGUUUGUUAAAACUGAUCAAUUGUUCUUUUUUUAUUUGUUUGACAUCAGAUUUUAAAUUUUGCUGAUGAACAAGGUCAUUGUUUGGUAGAUUUUCAGCUACAGUUUAGAUCAAUUCUUCACAUGAAGGUAGAUUGAGGGAAAUAAUGUUAAACUUCACCAAUUACUAUAGUUUUCCUAAACUGUUCAUGAACUUUACUUUGAUGUAAAGAACAACAACAAUAAUAAUCAGUGACUAGGCUUGAGUAUCCAGUUUACAAUAUUAAAGGCAUGUUAAUCCCACAUCUAGGUUGAUAAAUUUUUUUCUUUCUGAAGUUUAUUUUCUGAUUAUAUACUUUGAAAAACCACUAAAUGCUGUUCAGUAAAACUGGGGCAUUCUUGUUUAAAUUUUUUCUUAUGGCAGUGCAAUUUUUUUUCUCCUCUUCAAUUGCUACACAGAUAACAUUAAAUAAUUUUGGAACAAUGUUGUCACAUUCUUUGUGCCAUUUCAUAUCCACUCUGUCCCCCACAAAAAAAGCUCAGUUUGGUAAAAUGUAAAAAACUAUCUAAAAUAACAUGUUGGUUAAAAUCUAUAUUAAAAACUGACCAAUUUAGUUAGGCCCCUCUCUUCCCAAAAUGGCAGAGAGAAUCUACUGAAGUGAAGAAAAAUGUUUGACUUAUGAUUUAAAAAUGAUAAAGAAAAUUUGAAAAAAACAGUUGAGCAUUAAGUUAAUAGAAAUCUCAUGUAACUUAAAGUGUUAAAUUUUUCAAAUAACUCAAUAAAGGUCUUUUUAUGAACUUA